AUGUCAGGCCGCAGCCAGAAGGUCAUGGUGCCACCUAUUAAUGCCAUCUUUGGCUUCCUCCAGAAGGGCUUGCCCGUAUGCAUAUGGCUGUACGAGCAGACUGACUCGCGCAUCGAAGGCAAGAUCCGCGGGUUUGACGAGUUCAUGAACAUCGUCGUGGAAGAUGCAGUCAGUGUGAAACAAAACGAAGAAGGCGAACGGCGCAACCUUGGGAGGAUUCUUCUCAAGGGCGACAACAUCAGCCUGAUUUCCGUCCGAUCUUGAGCAGC